GGCUCCACCUCCCGCCGACCCCGGCGCCCGCAAGCCGACAGCGACCUGGGCUCACUGGCAGGCUAGGACUGCGGGCGCUCGCUGCCGACACGGGACCCACCAAAGCCGGCGUCUCCGCGCCGCCGGACCGCCCACCUGGAGGGCCCGCUCCCCGGCGCCUGGCAGCACGGACAACCACCCUCGGGGCAGUGAUGACGGUCCCUCGCGCCGGAGGGGGCUCAGGGAGGAAAGAGAUAAGCUGGUGGCCACCGGGGAAGAGCACUGUGCUUCUGACCAACCCCAGACACCACCACUGACUGAGAAACCGCGGCACCCAGCGGCGCGGAAGCACGACUUCCCGCUCUUGAGAGACCAGAUCCGCGGAGUCUCGCGGGAUCUCGCUGUUCUCAGCGAUGCAGUGAAUGAGACAGAUCGAGGGGCUUCCACCAGCGCCGGGAGAGGGUCUGGUGACCUCGCAGCUCCUCCCACGUUUCCCGGGCAGCCCGCCUUGCGCAUGCGCGGGUGGCGAAGGCAAGGCUACGGGUCGCGCGCGCGCGGCCGGCGCUAUGGGGUUGAGCCGCGUUCGGGCCGUUUUCUUUGACUUGGACAACACGCUCAUCGACACUGCCGGGGCGAGCCGGAGAGGCAUGUUGGAGGUGAUAAAGCUCUUACAAUCAAAAUACCAUUAUAAAGAAGAGGCUGAAAUCAUCUGUGAUAAAGUUCAAGUUAAACUCAGCAAGGAAUGUUUUCAUCCUUACAAUACAUGCAUUACUGAUCUAAGGACUUCACAUUGGGAAGAAGCAAUCCAGGAAACAAAAGGUGGAGCAGCCAAUAGAAAAUUGGCUGAAGAAUGUUACUUCCUUUGGAAAUCUACCCGUUUACAGCAUAUGACACUAGCAGAAGAUGUCAAAGCCAUGCUCACUGAACUUCGAAAGGAGGUCCGCCUACUGCUAUUAACAAAUGGGGACAAACAGACCCAGAGGGAGAAGAUUGAAGCUUGUGCCUGUCAGUCCUAUUUUGACGCUGUUGUUGUAGGUGGAGAGCAGAGAGAGGAGAAACCAGCACCGUCCAUAUUUUAUUACUGCUGCAGUCUUCUCGGAGUACAACCUGGGGACUGUGUGAUGGUCGGUGACACAUUAGAAACCGACAUCCAAGGAGGCCUCAAUGCGGGAUUGAAAGCAACAGUCUGGAUCAAUAAAAAUGGAGUAGUGCCACUGAAGUCCUCCCCAGUUCCGCAUUACAUCGUUUCUUCUGUGCUAGAGCUACCUGCUCUGUUACAAAGUAUAGACUGCAAAGUCAGUAUGUCCGCUUAAAGCACAUAAAAGGGCGUGAUUAUGAAUGGUAGAGUCAAUUUGCAGCAUAUGAACUAAGAAAAGUUAGGGUACUCCACUUACAAUAGUCCAGCUCUAAGAAUAAUUUUACUUAUGAUUUAGUGGCCAAUGUUUUGAAGGUCUUUCCAACUUUAUUGCUUUUAAAUUGUAACAGCCAACCAUUGACUGAUACUUAUAUCUGAAAAUUCAGAUUGCAUUAAUACAAGUCAGUGGUAUAGCCUAGAAAAUUUGAGAAAAUAUAUUAUAUGUUAGUCUGUAACUGGAGCUUUUUAAAAUUACGUUAUUAAUCUUUUAGUAUCUCGGCUCCAUAAUGCCAGGCAGGAUUGCUUUACACAUGGAUGCACAAAUGUAAGGUUUAUCCUCUGGCUUAAAAAUAUUUUUUCAAAACAGAUUUUUCUAAAAUACACAGAUUUAUCAAAGCAGCUGAAUCUGGUUAAUAUGAAAUAAGUACUAAGUCACAUGCAAAUCCAGGUAUUUUAUAGUGAAAUUAUGUGGCAUAUUUUGAAAACAAACAGUUAUGAAAACAUAAGCAGUAUUUUUUGCCUACUUUGGAUGUAUACUUUCUAUUAUGAAUCUGAUUUUUCUUAUGACUUCUUUUUUGGAGGGUGGGGGGCAGUUUUUCUGUGGUGUGUGACAGAACAGUUAGAAAAAGCUGUUAAAAUCAACACGUGGUGCUCCUUUACCAUGACAUUUUCUCACCCGUGCACAGUGAGCUGGUAGCUUCCUUGUAGUUUUCACCUCUCAAGUAAAUGUUUUCACUGUCUUUUCCUGGCCACACAGUGGGGUUGAGGGAGCUAGACUCUUGCUACAGUUAAUUGCAAGCUACAUGCCUCUAAAAGUCAUUUUUCUUCUGUGGGUCCAUAAGAGGAACAUUUCCUCAGUGUAGCCUAACCAUGCAUGCAUGCAGCCCCCAAUCUCUUCCUUCUUUUUUUCCUUGAAAUAGGAUCUCUGUUGCCCAGGCCGAAAUGCAGGGGCACCAUCUCAGUUCACUGUCAUCUCUCUCUCCUUAGCUCAAGUGAUCCUCCCACCUCCUUGUGCCUCCCAAGUAGCUGGGACUGCAGGCACAUACCACCACACCUGGCUAAUGUUUGUUUGUUUCUUUUGUUUCUUUUUUUUUUUUUUUUUUUUUUUUUUUUUUUUUUUUUUGUAGAAACAGGGUUUUGCCAUGUUGCCCAGGCUGAUCUCGAAUUCCUGGACCCAAGUGAUCCGCCCACCUCAGCCCCACCAAAGUGCUGGGAUUACAGGCAUGAGCCACUGUGCUGGCCUCCUCAUCUGAGAGAAAAUUAGAUUUUGCUAUGAGCCAUUUCCAGAGUGCCAAUAUAAUACUCGUGUGACUCUUAGAGUUACCAUUUGCCUUAAAUCUCCUCUGUUUUUCACAUUCUUGGAAAUAUAUCAUUGUUUUGCACAUUUCUAUAUCUAAUUCAGGGUUUACUAGGAGCUUAAUAAUUAAUGGCUACAUAGCAAGGCAUCAUCUUGGAACCAGAGAAUUUUCUCUAGACUAUUAGGCUAGAUAGUCUCAUGAUUACACUGACCAAACUUGAAAUAAAGUGGUUGAGAAAGAAUAAAGGGCUUAUUAAAGUGGUUAAUAAAUAUGAUUUGGGUUGGGUUUUGUUAGGUUUUUCUUCCAACUGUUUAAGAAACUACUAAUGCAAAAUAGUAGGCUGUGUUUGGGGAUGUGUAUAGCUAUGUCUCCAAGGCUAAUACUCAGAGAAUCAAAUUGUAGAUUUGUACCUAUCUGUGAGCCUAUUUCUUUAGCCAGUUUUCUGUCUGCUGCCAAGAAACAGGAUUCUCUGCCUCAUGCAAAUGCCCUUUUCUGUUUACUUCUUGUUCUUGAUUUUUAAAAAUGUGAUUGUGUCCUUGACCGUCCCAAGAUGCCGUUACUGUAACAGUGAACGUUUAUGAACAGAGGAUGUUUGUAGUUCCAAGUGCAGUUCCCAUAUGAUCUUGAUUGUAUUUUAGCCAUUUAAAAAUUAACUUGGAGGAUUUUGGCAGAAUAGACAUGGGCAUGCUUGCUCUAAUAGAUUGGUUGGCGUGUGCUACUGAGGGCUUGUCUUUUUAGCUGUCCCACAGGAUGGAUGUUGGCAGUGCCACAUUCAUUUUGCUGUGGAUAGUUUCAUCACUCCUACAAUGGGGAUAGCAAAUCUCAACAAGAUAGCUUCUAGGAUGUUAAGUGAGCAGUUCUCCAGCAGAAACAAUGUAGGAGGAAAAAACUGAAUAAUUAAAUUUCCUUUUCUUCACAGUUUGUAUUCUACAGUACUCUGUAGAAUAAUAUAUACAGUAAUAUAUUGCAUUCCAUUUGCACCCUUCCUUAGGGAAGAACUCUGUGCUUAUCUACCUUCUGAGUGGAAUGGUACAGAAAAUAUUUUAAAAUACUGGAAUAAACCUAUGACUUUAUUAAUAAUUUUAGAAAAUAUUCCUUAAAAUUAAAAAAUGAUACAACAGUGA